UCCGUUGCAGAGCUCAAUUACUCCUAAAUGUGGGCGACAGCAGCAAAUCAAAUGCAGCCGCUGCCGGACCCAACUCCGGCGACGGCGACUGAGCCAUCCCACUCUGGUCAGUCCAUCCAGACGCUGGUGGUGGUGCUGGCAGUCAUCAUAAUUUUGGGUGUCAUUGCUCGGAUCUUGGCUCGCUUCUGCGGCGGAAACCAUUCCGGCGGCGGUGGUGCUGACGGAGAAAAUGACAUUGAAGGUUGGGUAGAAAGAACGUGCAGGAGCUGCAUUGACGGCGGCGUCGCUACUCCGCCGCCGGAAGCGGCGGAGGAGAAGAAGUGAGGCAGGUAGAUUAUGUGUCUAUUUGUAACCAAAGGGAACUAAAGAAAAUGACUCUCUAUGUGCUUUGCUCUUAAUUACUUUCCAUUUUUCUCUAA